AUGCGCGUCCUGGCUAUCGCCGCGAGCGCCCUGCUCCUUGUGCUGGCAGGAGCAACCUACACUCCCCAGGCUUCAACUACCCACAUCUCCGAGUUGGAGGUUUCUGGCCUGGAUGUCGUUGCAGAGUUCGCCCACGAGACCCAUUGUCGAGACAUUGUUUUAGCGUCCUUGGAAGAGCAUCAUGGCGGUACACUGAGUGAAACCUGCAAGAUUGACACCAGCGCACGGAUAGGCAACGAUUUCUGUGCUUGGCGUGAGCAUUGGGCCAAGAAAAGGGCUGACCAACAGGGCCCUCCACCGAAGUCCUCAAGAGUGGACCACAUACACUGUAUUCUUGGGUCAAGCCAUUAUGGAAGCAACAACAGGAGGCUCGUGGGUCACCUGGAAGAGAUGGAGCCACUGACUGCAGAACGUGCGGAGGACCUGCUUAAGCACUCUACCGACCAGAAAACAGCGCUACUGGACCAUCUGGAGGCCCGCGAAGAGCAUUUGCAAUCUCGCGAAGGACAUCUACUAGCCCGCGAAGAAAGUCUGCUAGCCCGCGAACAAGCUCGAGAAGGACAUCUGCAAGCCCGCGAAGAGAAUUUGUUAGCGCGCGAAGAACGGCUGCAAACUCUUCAGAUGCAGGCCAACGAGCGCUGCUUUGCUCAACUCCAGACAGAGGCCCUGUCUACCAUCCAGUCGUUGUCAGCCCAUCAAGCUCGCUUCUUGGAGCAGCAGAGGGGUGAUUUGACUCAUCGGUUGGGAGAAAUUGUUGAAUCUAUGGCAGAUGAGGCAAAGAAGGAUAUCGCCAUCGCCGUCCAGGACGUCACACUCCAGCACACGUCAAGCUUUAAUGGGUUCAGUGAUCGCGUUGACAACGCCCUUGCCCAGCUCUCAGCCUGGGAACAGAAGCAUUCGGAGCAACUCGAAACUAUGAGUUACUUCACCAUGGCGCUGGAAACCCAAUUCUCUGUGGUUGCCACAGCCGUCAACAAUUCCAUCAGCGCUGCCGCGGCUCUCGCGACAAGUCUCACUGGCGCGUCUCAUACAGCUCAAGCUCUUAACGUAGGCACACAAUCUCUCUCCAUCAGAUCGACUGACCCGCCAGGACCAGCUGCACACCCUGUUGUCAUCAUUGGCGUCGUUACAGAUGUUCACGAUUAUGUGCACGACCAACGCGAAGCAGAGGUGCCCAUCCAAGCUUACCUGGGUCCGCCAACUCCUCUCACCCGCAAUACAAGAAGUGAUUUCGAGAUGCGCAGGUUGCGCUCGGCUACGGCACCCUUAUAA